AUGUCGUGGAGUUUCAAAAAAAGCUCAUUCUACAAUGAACUGUAUGUUACAUGUGAUGGUGGUAUUAAAAGCAAAAACGAGCAACCUGUUUUUUGUGGGGAGAGCUAUAACAUAAAUGAAGGCGAGGAACAAAUAAUCACUAGUCCUAAUUAUCCAUAUAAUUAUGAAGAUUAUCUCGUCUGCGACUGGACCAUCACAACCAAUCCUGGAAAUAGCCUCGUUGUGAAUGUUGUAGAUUUUCAUACGCAAGAAUUAUUUGAUGUGUUAGAAAUCGAUGAUGGGUCUAAUAAUAUUGGAGAAUGGUCUGGUGACUCUGGACCGCCAAACUUUACAUCACUUAGCAACGAAGUAUCUAUAAUAUUCAAGACUGAUUCUAUGGUAAAUGAAAAGGGAUUUAAGAUAAUUAUUACAGUGUCAGGCGGAAGUGGUUCAGGAGACCCUCACAUGAUAACAUUUGACGGUCGUCGAUACAGUUUCCAAGGUCAAUGCUGGUAUACAUUCUUCAAAGACUGCAGUGCACACCCCGAUUUUGAAGUUAUUACUAAGUUUGCACCAAGAGAUGAUAUUAAGGACAAAACAAGAACGGUUUCUUUCAAAGUACUGUCGGAGACCAAUAUGCACUCGUUAAUGGUCAUGAUGUUGUUAAAGGAAGCAAAAGUAAUGGACACGUGUACUCCUCUGUCAUACAUGUGGUGAAAAAUAAUGACGUGAUAACACUGACGUUCACCUCCAAGGUUACAACAUUCACUCUUGAAUGGACACCAAGAAAGCAUCUGCUGAAAGCAUGAUUCUCUGGCACUGAUUACAAUGGCAAGCUCUGUGGUUUGCUGGGUAACGCUGAUGGUGAUACACGUAAUGAUCUCCAGACGCCCAAAGGUAUUGAAGUAAAGGACGUUACUGCAUUUGGCGAAAGCUGGAAGUUGAACGGAGAAGUGUGUGAUUAACAGUCUUCUAAUAACAGAUUAUCGACACAGGCAACAUGUAAUUUUAAUUUUAAAUUAAUUUGCUGUCGUAUUGUUGGCUAUUCAUGAGUACUAUAUUAGAAGGGUGGUGGCAAAAAAAGGGUUAUAUAGAAGUAAGCUUCAAUUUAAUGUUCAGCAUAAUAUUAUUGAGAAAUAAAUGGUGAAAGAUUGGAA